GAACUUUGUGCUGCUGUCUUAGCGGUAGAGAUGGCAGACAUGAUUACGACUGAACUGGACAUUGAGGUCCAUGCAGUGAACUUUUAUACGGACAGCAAGAUUGUGUUAGGAUAUAUUCACAACACUUCAAAAAGAUUUUACACAUACGUGACCAACAGAGUGACACGUAUCAGAAAGUCUACAAGUCCAGAUCAGUGGCAUUACAUCAGCACAGACAAGAACCCAGCGGAUCAUGGGACAAGAUUGGUGUCAGCCGCUGUACUCAAGCAAACUAACUGGUUCGUAGGUCCAUCGUUUCUUGGUAAGCCAGAAAUCAAAGAGACUACUCAGGUAGAGACCUUUCAGCUCAUAGAACCAGAUCAAGACAAAGAGGUAAGACCUCAAGUUGCAGUUUGCAAGACUUUAGUUACCAGAGACAGUCUGGGCGCCCAUAGAUUUGAAAGGUUUUCCAGAUGGAAGUCGCUGACUCGUGCAAUCGGAAAACUUAUCUGUCUAGCCAGAUACUCCUCCAGAGCUACUAAUACUGAUCAACGUAGCAACGACCAUCUUGAACAAGCCAAGGUCGCGAUCAUCAAAUGCGUCCAGCAGGAAGUCUUUAAAGAAGAAAUUCAAAGCCUUCUGAAAAAGAAAGAGAUUUCUCGACACAGUUCGCUCAAGAAGUUGAACCCUAUCCUCGACGAAGACGGAGUACUAAGAAUUGGAGGUCGUUUGUCGGCAGCGGAUAUGACUAUCCAAGAGAGACAUCCCUUCAUCAUACCUAAGAAUCAUCACAUCGCUCUUCUUCUGGUAAGACACUAUCACGAGCAAGUUGCACAUCAAGGACGACACUUCACUGAAGGAGCAGUACGGUCAGCAGGAUUGUGGAUCAUAGGAGGUAAGAGACUAGUCUCCAGCGUGAUCAGCCAAUGCGUUACCUGUAAGAAGAUUAGAGGGAAACUUGAGGUUCAGAAGAUGUCAAACUUACCUGCAGACAGACUUGCUUCAGAUCCUCCGUUCACUCACGUAGGUCUAGACGUUUUUGGACCAUGGAACAUCUCUUCUCGCAAGACUAGAGGAGGCAGUGCCGAAAGUAAACGUUGGGCUGUUCUGUUCUCUUGCCUGAGUACUAGAGCAGUUCAUAUUGAAGUGAUUGAAUCUUUAUCCACUUCAAGUUUCAUCAAUGCCUUGAGAAGAUUCUUCUCUAUCAGAGGACCAGCGAAAUUGAUUCGUUCAGACCGCGGCACAAACUUUAUUGGGGCCUGCAAGGAGUUGAAAAUCAUCUCUACAGACUCUGAAACAGGUUCCUAUCUUCAAGAUCAAGGAUGCACUUGGACUUUUAAUCCUCCACACGCAUCGCAUAUGGGAGGAGCAUGGGAGAGGAUGAUUGGAGUAGCUCGUCGUAUUCUGGAUGCCAUGCUCCUGAAGGUUGGGUCUACUCGCCUCACUCAUGAAGCUUUAACUACACUAAUGGCUGAAGUCGUGGCCAUUAUGAACGCCAGACCUUUGGUUCCAGUGUCUACAGAUCCAGAGAUGCCAUCAGUCUUGACACCCGCAAUGCUGCUGACCCAGAAGAUGGAACCAGUGACAGCUCCCACUGGAGACUUUGACCUCAAGGACUUGUAUACUAAGCAAUGGAGACAAGUUCAAAGCCUUGCAGACAUUUUCUGGAAGAGGUGGAGACAGGAAUACCUGGUGACACUCCAGCCACGCAAGAAAUGGCAGGAUGACAAACCCAACUUACAAGUUGGAGACAUUGUCUUAUUAAAAGACACUCAGGCCCACAGGAAUGAAUGGCCUAUUGGACUCAUUGUGGCGACUGAUCCUAGUGGUGAUGCUAGAGUUAGAAAAGUUGAAGUUAGAGUUGUUAGACAGGGCAUUCCCAAGGUGUAUGCUAGGCCAAUUUCUGAAGUAGUUUUACUUCUGUCCAAAGGUUAGUGGCAUAACCAAUGGUACGCCAGGUGGGGAGUGUGCUGCCUUUGCAAUGUAUAUUACAUGCUUGGCACUCAGUAGUGUCUGUUUCUUUAAGACCCUCCAUUUUCUUGAAGCCUAGAGGCGGGUCUUCUCUGUACUCUCUAGGGCUUGCUGGGACAUAUCCUGUUCAGUCCAGCUCUGGCUACUAUAGUGACCAGAUCCACAGGACAUCUUAAAGCUAUUACAGAUUGCAAACCUGACGAACACCAAAGCCUUUUUACCUCACAUAUCAUCCCAUAUCAUAUCAUAUGAACAUUAUUGUACACAUUCCUGUUCAUUAUAUCUCAGUAAAGAUUGCAUCAGUUCAGCAAA